GAAAGGUUGGUGUGACCGUGUUUGAAUACCAGCAGCACAUAUGUCCAAUCCAGGUUAGCUCCUUCCUCCUCCCCGUCGAACCAGUCCUCCUCUCCGCCCCUUGGUAGGCAAAUGGACGCGUAGAGAGCCGUAAGCCGGGGAGUAUAAAUGGGAGGGAGAGCCGCCGACCGCCUGUAAUGCUGCGCCGGGUGCGGCAGUCUUCUCUCCGGCAGGUGCUGUUUUUGAUGGCCCGGAGACCAGGGCUGCUCUGCGGGUCUGUGCUGCUCGGAGUGCUGCUCGUACUGGCCGUCAAGUUCACAUGCAGCCGUGCUAAGAAUGUGGUGGCAGCAGCUCGGCCUCCGGUGCGGUUCUUCUCUGCCGAGGCCCCGAUAGUGGAUCUGUACUUGGGUCAGCUAGACCAGGUGGAGCGUCUCCGCAGCGUGGCGGAGGUUUCUCUGAUCUUCUUCUAUGCACCGUGGUGUGCGCACUCCAUGGCUGCCAGGCAGGAAGUGCAGCAGGUGGCUAAGAAGCUCGCUAAACAGGUGCAGUUUCUAGCUGUUAACUGUUGGUGGAAUCAUGGGAAAUGUAGGAAGCAAAACCGCUUCUAUCAGUACCCGAUCAUCCACCUGUUUUAUAGAAGGUUUGGGCCUAUAGAGUACAAGGGUCCGUAUGUAGCUCCAUAUGUGGAGAGUUUUAUCCUCCGAGUCAUCACACCGCUCACUUACCUCCCGUCGAGAGACGCACUCAAAGAGUUUCUCUCCUAUCACGAGCCUCGAGUGGUGGGCUUCUUCCAGUUUAACUCCUCUCCUCAGCCCCCGGGGUACAUCACGUAUCUCUCCUCUGCCCUGAAGGCCCUGAAAAGGGAUUUCCGUGGUGUUGUACGUUUCGGCGUUGUGACCAACAAGCAGGUGGCCGAGGCCAUCUCUCUUAAAGAAGAUGAAUCUGUUUAUCUCAACAGAAGAUUUAACUCCUCAUUGAUUUUCCCUCGAAGGGAACGCAACUUCACGUCAGAGGCCAUAUGUAGCUGGGUGUUUGAACACCGCGAGACCGUCCUCCAAUGGCUGCAGCCUCCAGGAACUAAGUCCCGCCUCCUAGAGCACGAGCUGAGUAAAGGUCCGGCUCUGCUGCUGUUCCUGCCGCACAACCCACUCGGGACCAAACCCAGUCCAAUGCUGCAGCAGAUUGCAGACAUUGCUGUGCGUUAUCAUUCCUGUGACAACGCUAACCACUCCAGCUCAGAGGAAACCUCCCCCCCCCACUCGUGCUGCCAGUCAGUCCCUCUCCCAGAGUUCAGUGCGAGUGUGUGUGAGGUUUGCCUCCGUCUGUCACCAUCCAGCCUGAGCAGCUCCUCUGUGCGCUGCUCCUUCUCCUCCACCACUCAGGGAGGAGAAGUGUUCCAGUCUCAUCUCCAUCACUGCUGCCUCCACCGACUGCCUGCUGCGUCUCUGAACACCUCCGAGGGCUGCAGCCACUUCCUGAGCAGCUACAGCCCGUUCAGCCAAUACAGUGCCUGCUGCAGAGAAGUAGAACCUCAGCUCAACCAAUCACAAGCCAAAGAGGAGCAAGCAGCUCCCCUCCCACCUCCGUCUUCCCCCCUUGCUCCGUCCUCUCAGGAGGGGGGAGGCAUCACAGGGCUGCGCUGUCACACCAACAGGACGCUCCGGUUCUACCUGCUGGACGUGGCUCUGAACUGGCCCCUGGCGGAGAGGCUGGGGGCCACGGGGAACAGAAGUGUUUCUCCUCACCAGGGCGCCGGGGCACAAGGAGACGGGUCGUUUGCAACCAUUGUGCACCUGAAGGACGAGGUUCAUUACGUUCUGCACCGCAGCCCAGCAGCCACGCUGACGGAGUCUCUGGGUGAGACCUGGAGAGUGUUUCAGCCCUACCAGACGGUCUUAUGUGGUCUGGAACUGGUCAAACUAGUUUCUACAAUGGUG